CCCCUGGCCCGGACUUGCCUCCUCAACCAGCUGCUAAAAGUAUGUUUCUGAGGCGGACUGUACUUCAGGGAACUUCUAUUUUCUGCUCUGCAGCUGUAGAGGAGCAGCAGCGAAGUUUGGAGUAACACCAAGGGAUGCGGGAAAAACACCCCGAGAGCAGAACACCCUCCUGCAGACACAACCCCUGCUGCUGCACACAGGUUGAUCAUGGUUGCCGCGACCCGUUCCCUCCUGGCUCUGCUGCUCUGCCAGGUGCUGCUGGGCGGCUCGGCCGGCCUCAUGCCGGAGGUAGUGGUGGGUCGGCGGCCUUUCAGCGAGCCGGGCCGCCCCACCUCGGCCCCGCAGCGCCCCGAGGAUCUCCUCAGCGAGUUCGAGUUGCGCCUGCUCCACAUGUUCGGGCUCAAGCGACGGCCCAGCCCCGGCAAGGACGUGGUCAUCCCCCCCUACAUGCUGGACCUCUACCGCUUACACGCCGGCCAGCAGCUAGGGCAGCCGCCGGCCCUCGGCUACCCGCUGGAGAGGGCCGCCAGCCGCGCCAACACCGUCCGAAGCUUCCACCACGAAGAAGUUUUGGAAGAACUGCCAGAAACAAGUGGGAAAACAGCACGGCGUUUCUUCUUUAAUUUAACUUCCAUCCCUAAUGAGGAGUCUAUCACCUCAGCUGAACUCCAGAUUUUUCGGAAACAGGUGCACGGAGCCUUUGAGAACAACAGCAGCUACCAUCACCGUAUUAAUAUUUAUGAAAUUAUAAAGCCAGCUACAGCCACCUCUAAGGACCCUGUCACAAGACUUUUGGACACCAGGUUGGUGCAUCAUAAUGCAAGUAAAUGGGAAAGUUUUGAUGUAACGCCAGCUGUUUUGAGGUGGAUUGCACAUGGACAACCUAAUCAUGGGUUUGUGGUAGAGGUGGUUCACUUGGACAAAGAGAACAGUGCCUCCAAGAGGCACGUUAGGAUUAGCAGGUCUUUACAUCAGGAUGAAGAUAGCUGGUCUCAGCUCAGGCCAUUAUUAGUAACGUUUGGGCAUGAUGGCAAGGGACACCCGCUUCAUAAAAGAGAAAAGCGUCAAGCAAAACACAAACAGCGUAAACGCCACAAAUACAGUUGCAAAAGGCAUCCUUUAUAUGUGGACUUCAAUGAUGUGGGGUGGAAUGACUGGAUUGUUGCCCCACCGGGGUAUAGUGCCUUUUACUGCCACGGGGAAUGUCCUUUUCCACUGGCAGAUCAUCUGAACUCAACAAACCAUGCCAUUGUUCAGACUUUGGUCAAUUCAGUGAAUUCCAAAAUCCCCAAGGCUUGCUGUGUGCCGACAGAACUGAGUGCUAUUUCCAUGCUCUACCUUGAUGAGAAUGAAAAGGUUGUAUUAAAGAACUAUCAAGAUAUGGUUGUGGAGGGUUGUGGGUGCCGCUAACACAGCAAAUAUAUUAGGCAAAUACACAAAAAAAAAAAAAAAAAAAAAAA